GCUCCAGGAAGGUCAAUGGACCUUACAUGGUAGCACCACCAAGGUCGGAGGGACUCGAUUGAUGCACCCUACCACAAAACCCACUUUUUUUUUAUUAUUUAUUCCGCUCUUUGCUUGCCCUGCUGUCGAUUUACCCUAUUUGAAUUUUCUUUUCUUUUCCUUCUCUCAACCCCCUCUAUUAUCAUGGGAAACGCUCGUUCAGCGUUACAGCGCAACUCUGCAAAGGGGAAAAGGGAGACCGAACCGACAAAAGCUAUGAGCGCAAGCUCCGGCAGCGUACCGGGCAGUGCAUACAGCGGCGCAAAGGCCACUCAAUCUCGAAUUAUUGGAGGCAGAGAAUUCCACACCGAAGAGAAGAGCGUCUAUGUGCUCGCUAAGGAUGAUGAAGAAAAGGAUCGUUUGCAUGAGCAACACUUUUUGAUAAAAGAAACCUUUGGCAAUUUGCUGCAACCACAGAUUUUAGAGCCUAUCUUCGAUAACUCCAUCGACGUUUACGACGUUGGCUGUGGUCCAGGCAGUUGGAUCCUUGAUAUGGCAACCGAAUAUCCCCAUGUGCAGUUCUUCGGAACAGAUAUUGCAGAUACCUUUCCAGAAAGCAUUUAUCCUAAGAACUGCCAUUUCUCGCUUGGAAAUGUCCUGGAAGUGAACCCUUUCGGAAAAACCUUUGAUUUUAUUCAGAUGAGAUAUUUUGCCGUCGCAUUGCGUGAAAAUGAAUGGGACGAUGCUUUCGUCAGCAUGUACAACCAGUUGAAGCCUGGUGGUUACUUUCAAAGCUUGGAACCCAGUAUUUUGAUGAAUACCUCCAACACUGACCUUAAUGAGAUCAUAUCAGCCUUUACAAAAUUGCUUGCAGCAAAGGGGCAAGACUAUGACAUUGGUCCCAAGAUUGUGGGUAAAAUGAAAGCUGCUGGUUUCGAAGUGAUUCAUGAGAAUAAGCUUGAGAGCCCCAUAGGCUGGGGUAACAAAAUCAGUACUCGCGGUGCGGAAGACAUGCGCAUGCUUUAUUUGAGUAUUGCCCCUUUUCUGGCAUCUCUGCUGAACAUCGAUGUUGAAGAAUGUACUGCUAAAAUUAAUCGAGCUGUAGAUUCUAUGGGUCCUACCAAAACCACCGUUAAUCUAUGGUCCUUUUUGGCACGAAAGCCUUUGGAAGCUCCUGCAUCCAGCUCAGCAGUGUAAAGAGGGUUGCUGAAGACAUUUUUUUUUUGCUUCAUACUUAUAUCUCACCUGUUGUUGUACUCAGUAUGUUCAUCUAUAUGCAACAUGAUGUGUAGUUGUUUAGCCGAUGGAUUUUAUUCUCAUUAGACAAAUUAUCGUUUUUCCCUUCUCUCGUAUUAAUAACAGUGUAGCAUUUGCCAUGCUGAUACAAAAUUUCGAUGACGAAUGAGCACGUUUUCAGCAGCCACUUAGAGUCAUACAUUACCAUGUCGAAAAUCAAAAUUGCUCCUUGUUGCAGAUUUCAAAUGAAGUGUACCGAUCUGUCGGCACGCAUAUGCAAAUACACUAUGCUUUGUGAGUUUCGAU